AUCUCCUACCUUCCACUUCCAAUUGCAACAAACUUCAGCACAUCCAAAACUAUGCACCAAAGCCAAAACUCAGUUCCAAAAUAACAAUGGAAACUAACUCCCUUAGCCUCCUUCUACAAGACCCAAAUGACUUCCAAUCUAACUUCAAUUCCCUCUUCAACAAUCUCAACACUUCCCUUUUAUCCACCCACAAAAAUAAUCCCAAAUCAAGAAACCAUCAUUUCAGUCCCAAAUUCAAGUUUUCCUCAACUUCCCUUUCAAUUGAAGCACAAACCAAAAACCCCACUUCAAAUUUUCUAAAACCCACCACUAAAGACUCCCAAAAAGUUCAAAUUUUAUUCAAGAAUCUAUCUGUUGUUGAAAGAGCACUUAUUGGUGCAGGUGGUGGUGGCAUUGCUGGUGCAUUUACAUAUGUAUGUCUUCAUCCACUUGAUACAAUUAAAACUAAGCUUCAAACUAAAGGGGCAUCUCAAAUUUACACUGGGACAAUUGAUGCUAUUGUACAGACAUUUCAAAGUAAAGGAAUUCUUGGUUUUUACAGUGGUGUUUCUGCUGUAAUUGUUGGGUCUACUGCUUCAUCUGCUGUGUAUUUUGGGACUUGUGAGUUUGGUAAAUCGAUUUUGUCGAAAUUCCCACAAUACCCUUCUGUGCUUAUACCACCUACAGCUGGUGCAAUGGGGAAUAUUGUCUCAUCUGCUAUAAUGGUGCCUAAGGAAUUGAUUACUCAGAGAAUGCAAGCUGGUGCUAAAGGGAGGUCUUGGCAGGUGUUAAUGAGAAUCUUGGAAAAAGAUGGAAUUUUGGGGCUGUAUGCUGGAUAUAGUGCUACAUUGUUGAGGAAUUUGCCUGCUGGGGUCUUGAGUUAUUCAUCAUUUGAGUACUUGAAAGCAGCAGUAUUGAGUAAAGUGAAGAAGGAACGCUUGGAGCCGUUUCAGAGUGUUUGUUGUGGGGCAUUAGCUGGUGGAAUAUCAGCUUCACUAACAACCCCUUUGGAUGUGGUGAAGACUAGGUUGAUGACUCAAGUUCAUUCUGAUGGAAUCUCGAUUAUUGUUAGACAGAUAUUGAAAGACGAAGGGUGGGUUGGUUUUACGCGAGGAAUGGGUCCUAGAGUACUUCAUAGUGCUUGUUUUUCAGCUCUAGGGUACUUUGCAUUUGAGACAGCUAGGCUUACGAUUUUGGAUCAGUAUCUGAAGCAUAAGGAGCUAGAGAAAUUGGUUCCUGCAGAUGAUCCAGCCCAGGCCGAUUAGAAUGUAUGAGUAAUGGUUCUUAAAUACAGCUGUUAAAACCUUUUAUGCAUUAAAUGAAGCAGUAACCCUAUCCGGGACUUCUCUCUUCAGUUAUGCAUGCCUGUCAAUUCUAAUCUCCUCAUCGGCGGCAAGAAUCCUACCUUGUAAUUCCUGCAACUAGUUCAUCGACUAAGCUAUUUUAAGGCAAUGAAUAGGAUACAAUAAAUAAUUAUUUCGGAAAGAGUGUCUCCUCCUCGGCACGGUCUCAUAGUUGUGCUCCUCAGCUUUUGAAAAUUUUCAUCCUUAGAAAAGCUGUUCAGGCUGAUUGUAUUUAAGCCAAGAAAGGCUUGUUGAUGCUCUAAAGUACCAACAUUUUCAAUAUGUUUCCAGUUUCAUCAAGGAAGAAUUUUUGUAUAUCACACCUCAAUAAGUGAUGCUCUUAGAAGCUAGCUUCUAUCAAUUCAACAAUGACUUUGUUGGAGUGAA